AUGUCUCAUAAUCAGCACAACCCAGAUUCAAAGUACGGUAAGUGGCAAGACCGAGGUAAGGAAAUGCAGGAAUGCAUCAGUGGCGCUAGCAAAACAUUGCUAAAUUCUACUACUGAACUGAAGACCAACUAUCAGGACCUUAUUGAUAAUGGGUGGAAAAUUGAACAAGGAGAACAAGACGUACCAGUGAAAUUCCAAGGUAACGUUGUGCCCCGUGAUCUGUCAUACCAGAAAGCUCAAACAUGCCAGAGCCUGAACAUAAGCAAACGUGGAAAGGUAAAAGGCCAAAUAAUGACCGCUUGCCAGUGGAUCGGUUGUAUUGCACCAGGAGUUAUUUUUAUCGAGAUUAUUGAACGAAAGCCAAAGGGAACAGGACAAGAUAUCCCGCAGAUCUCUGACCUCACAAGAAUCGCCUAUGAACACAAAUGGUCCCUUCCAAGUCUUGAACAUGUCUGUGUCUGCUCUAUUGAGGAAGAGUCGACCAAAAAGCUUUGCCGCGAUCAGAUUUACAAGGGAAAUGGGCUAACCUGGAUUGAAUAUGAGGAUGAAACUGCUGAGUCGACGUCCCACACAUGGGAAUAUGGCACUCCGGAAUACCAGGCUUUGUUAGGGACUCGCAUUGGAAGAAUUGUGGGAUUUCUGGUCUUGAAUGGAUUUGAACGCGGGACACGAAGAAUCGCUCGGAUCGUGACAUUUCAUGCAAAAGAGAAUGACUAUGACUCGGGGCUCUCACUUUUUAUUGGAUUUGAUAUCGAGCCAACUACUAACGCCAUUGCAGACUAA